UCUACAGGUCAUCUGUGAACAAGCAAUGAGAUCAAAACGAUGCAACUACUAAGUCAGUCUCAAGUAUCAGAAUUUAUUUUGGUGGGACUGACCAGCUUUAAGGAUAUAGAGUUUCUUCUCUUUGCCCUCUUCUCAAUUAUCUAUUUGGUAACAGUUUUAGGGAACCUUCUCAUUAUACUUACUGUAUUUUUAACUCCAAACCUGAACACCCCCAUGUACUUCCUCCUUGGGAAUCUCUCCUAUGUAGAUAUGUCUCUUGCUUCCUUUGCCACCCCUAAAAUGAUUGUGAAUUUGAUAAAACACAGGAAGACUAUGUCUUUUCUUGGUUGCUUCACUCAGAUAUUUCUUCUCCACUUACUAGGUGCAACUGAAACUGUACUAUUGGUUUCCAUGGCCUUUGACAGAUAUGUGGCCAUUUGUAAGCCCCUACACUACAUGACCAUCAUGAACAAGAAACUGUGUAUUUUGCUUGUAGUCAUGUCAUGGUGCUCAGGUCUCCUUCAUGUAGGACUUCAGUUACCCUUUGCCAUAAACUUACCUUUCUGUGGUCCUAAUGUGGUGGAUAGCAUUUUCUGUGAUCUCCCUCUGGUUAGCAAACUUGCAUGCACAGACACCUAUUUUGUACAAGUAGUCAUUGUUGCCAACAGUGGCAUGAUCUCCAUGAGUUGUUUCCUCAUUUUGCUUAUUUCUUACUCUUUGAUCCUCACAACCAUUAGAAGAAGCUCUUCUAUUGGGCAGUCUAAAGCCCGCUCCACUCUGACAGCUCACAUCACGGUGGUGAUUAUCUUCUUUGGUCCGUGCAUCUUUAUCUAUGUCUGGCCCUUCAACAACCACUCUGUGGAUAAGUUCCUUGCUGUAUUCUAUACCAUUAUCACCCCUAUCUUGAAUCCACUCAUCUACACUCUACGAAACAAAGAAAUGAAGACAGCCAUGAGGAAACUCUGGAGAGCUCUUGUGCAUUCUAAUGAAGAUUAUUAG